AUGGAUGUAUUAAGAAGCAUAUAUUUUGUGGUUGAUUUAGGUGACAAAGAAGUAUCCUUAGCACAAUCAGAUUUCAGUCAAGGAAAUCAAGAUAUUGAGGUAUUCCCACCUCCUGGUGUGAACAGAACCUUAGCUUCCAGAGGAAGAUCUGAACACCAGGAAUCCUCAGACACACCUGAAGAGAAAGCAUCCUCAGCCAACUCGAUCGUUUCUUCCAUCGACGUUUUACUCUGUUUAGCUAUUUUGUUGACCUGGCUACUUUAA